AUGGGAAUUCUGUCGCGAUACAUGCGCGUACCGCGCCCGAGGAGAUUCCUCUACUUCAUGAGUCUGCGAACAGGAGUAGAGAUGAUCUCGCUCUCCGUGGUUUUCAACAAAUUAACAGGCUUCUUCGGGCUCUUGGCCGUCCUCACCGGCUUGCGCCUCUCGCCCCUUCAACUCUCGAUGUACAUCUACUCUGUGGGAGUGCUCAUCCUCGUCGCUUUCCUCAUGCCACAUAUUCGAAAACAAAGCCCAUUUCAAUGUCUGGCGCUUGCGUGGUUUUACGCUCUCGAUACGAUAAUAAACACUGCCUUCACCUCCGCGUUUGCGGUAACAUGGUUCCUGGCGGUCAGCGCAGACAACGCGAAUCAACGCAUCCCGAGUGGCGCACCAGGGAGUAGCAUGAUCGACGACACAGCAGGCUUCACGAGUUCACAGCACAAUGUCAGUGAGGUCAAUGUGAUCACGUCUCCUGCCGCUGGAGCAACAACCGGACAAGAAGCAGUAGCAUACGCGAUUGCCAGCUCUGCAGCAGCCACUGCAUCAAGCCCGAGCUUGGGCCAUGGUGUGGGGAUUGAGGAGAGCAUUCCGAGCAUCGUCGUCGUAGUGUUCUUAACCCUGGUUCGGGUCUAUUUCAUUUUCGUGGUGAUGGCUUUCGCGAGACAGGCGUUGCGGCAAUACAUGUACACUUCUUCACCAGCGAAGUUGCAUCUCCACACGGAUGGGGCGGCCGAGACCAUAGCGGAUAAUCCUUUUGCGGUCGGGUCUCCUGAAGGUGCAGGGUGGAGGGGAAAGCUGGGGAGGAUCAUGGUGAAGGUUGGCGAGAACUAUUGGCUGGGUGGUCAGGCUGAUGAAGCCUGGGCGAAGGGUUUAGAUGGGCGAUUCAAGACUACAAAGACUGCGGGUGGACCACCAGGAACGCUGGAACGAGAGCGGCGAGCAAGAAGUGGUACCGGACCGCCUGUUCCCCCUCCGAAUAUGGUCAAGACAUGA